UUUUACGUAUUAACUAUUUCGCAAAAGUCUGUCUUUCGAAUUGCACUCGUAGUUAAGUCGAAAAACUACAGGCGUUAAAAUUUUGUUUGCCUAAUUGAUAUUACAUAAAAAAUUUUCUAAUUUUUUGCAGUGAGUUUAACAUGAGAUUGUUAUUUUUACUUUGUGCUUUUUGGCAAACUUCAUGGACAAUAUCCAAAUAUGCAUACAUAAGAAAUCCUGCUCCUUGUCCAGAAAAUAUGUCUCACUAUGUUGAUGACAAGAACCAAUCCAUCGUAUUUUGCGACUGCAAAGAAACUCUUUUAUAUUUUCCUGAAAAUGACUUCUGUUACGAUGCCUACAGACAAGGUCCUUGUCCUUCAGAGCAUUAUUUGGUACUAGAUCCUGGAGAAACAGUUGCAAAAUGUAAAAAAAAUGUGUGUUUAUUAGAUGGUCUUGUUCCAUUUAAGGACAACUGCUAUUUUCUUUGGGAAUCUGAAUUGCCUUGUGAAAAACAAUUCCAUAAAUUAACAGUCAAUAUAGAUACUUUUGAAUUAGAAUGCAGUCAACAUUCAUAUAAUGGUGGCUCAUCAAAUUUGAAAAAGUCGAAAUCCUGUCCUGAAAAUUCAAUACUUGUUCCUCUGGAUAAUAAUGAGUCAAAAUGGGAUUGUGAUUGUGAUCCAGGUUUUCUUCGUCAUGCAAAAAAUAAUUCUUGUCAUCAAGCAUUUAGACAAGGUCCUUGUCCUCAAAAACAUUAUUUCAUUCUUCCUUUAGGAGAAGAUGAAGCGAGAUGUGAAAAAAAUCCGUGCCUUGAAGAUUCACUAGUUCCAUUUAAAGAGGGCUGUCAUAAAAUUUUUAAAUUUGGAUCGCCUUGUUCUAGUUCAUUUUAUUAUCUGGGAAUUGACAAAAAGAGUUUCCAAUUGAAAUGCAUUUAUUCUAGACGCCGUUCUGGAGGUCACGGCGCCGGCGGAAUUAUUACUGCUCCUCUUAAAGCUUGUCCUCCAGGGAGUAGAAGAAUAGUAACAGGAUGUAAACGCGUCUUUCAAUAAAACAUUGCAGCAGAUAAUUCUUAUUUUUUAUAUUCUAUACUCUAGCAGUAGAAACGUGACUGACAGCAGUGGCGUAGCAAUAGGUGGUUUGGGGGGUUAGAUUGUCCGGGGCCCCGGCGAUUUAGGGGCCCCCAAAAAGGAUAAAAUUGAUUUUCUUCAUAUGCAGCAAAAUGGUAAUAAACUGGUUCCGAGUUUUAA